AUGCCCACUCACACUGAGAGUUUCAAACAAGAAGAGCAGGAAGUAUUGCUGCAUCGUUCUAACAGUGAGGAGAAAAUAGGACUCACAUUGUGCUACGGCUCUGUAGACAUUGAAGAAACUGAUAUUUACGUCAGUGAGAUUGAGCCUUACAGUAUUGCUGCCCAAGAUGGCCGAAUCAGAGAAGGGGAUCAAAUUUUACAAAUAAAUGGUGUGGAUGUCCACAGUCGGGAACAGGCCAUCAAACUCUUUUCACAGAAUCGCUCCGACAUCACACUACUGUUAGCCAGACCAAUGCAGAUGGAUGACGGGUUCAUGGAGGAGCAACACAUGAUGCUGGAUGACUUUAAUAUGUCCAUGCUGGAAGCUAACCACCAUCAAAAUAUGGAGUUUACCUCGGCAAUGUUGGGACAGCGUCACCAUGACAAUGACGAAGAGGGUGGGACCACAGACACUGCCACCACAGAGAAUUCACAGAAACACGAAAAAGACAGUGGAGUUGGCCGCACUGAUGAGAGCACAAGAAAUGAUGAGAGCUCAGAACAGGAAAUAUUUGACAGUGAAUGCAUGUCUCCAGCAACAAAGACCAAGUUCAGAGGUGGACAGCUGGGCAAUGGCGAGCUCCAGUACAGCAAUGACAGCUUCACCUCCAAUGACACUCACGACAAUGAUUUCCCAGCCAAUGAAAUCCCAGCUGAAGAGUGUGAAAAAUUCAGAGAAGUGUUGGAGAAUCGUUGCACACAAAAUUCUCAUCCAAACAUGGCGUCCUCAGGUGCUCCUUUGACCUCAAAUUCGCGCAAAGACUCACAGAGCAGUAUUGAGCGUGAACUUGCCAUCCUAAACCAAGAAAUGGAGGAAAUUCAGCUGGAGUGUCAGCAGAUUGUCGCUGCCCAUCUUCAACAUCAACACAAAGUUCAGAACCAGAUAAGAACACUGCAAACCUCAGAAAUGUGUCGUAGUCCACGGCUGGUGCCUCGCAUGGGCACGCGCAUGGAGUCUUUGCGAUACAACCAAAACACUUCAGAACAACAACAGUCAGAUCCAGCCAUUUGGAUCAGACAAGACAUUUCCUCUUCUCCAACACCAGUCAAAGUCAGUAAUAAAGACACCAGUAAAAACGUUGAAAAAGAGAAAAAGAUUGUUGAAGAUUGUGAGAAAGACACUUCCAAUUCAAGUGCCUAUAACACAGGAGAAAGUUGCCGUAGCACACCUCUCACUCUGGAGCUCAUGAAGGAAGAGGGGUUCCGGGGCUCCAUGCUUAGUCUCUCUCACGCCCCACAAACUGUAUCACAACCUCAGAGCGACUCUGAGAAAACUACUCAAACCACGCCUCAACACAUGCCUAAGCCGGCUUCAGACAAAAGUAAUAAAGGCAAAAGCCUUGCUCAAACCAAGAGUGCAACAAGUAGCAGUAUUAGUGACGGUCAGCAGACGGCCAUUGAGAAUCGAGAUGGACCUUCAAUGAAUGAUUCUGAGUCCAUGACUGAUAUCUAUGCCAAAUAUUCAGAUAUUAUGUACACAAACCAUGCCCAUCUGGAGCACACCAUAGCUGUGCAACAGCGCCUUUUUGAGCAGAAAGUAGAAGAGCGCAAUCGUUUGUUAUCCUCGAACCAGUCAAUCUCCCAAAACAGCCAAAAUAGUGGGGAGAAAAAUACCCAGAAUGCACCAAGCUCUUCCCAGAGUGCUUCAGGAAGUAAGCGUGCUGAGACUCCAGUAACGAGUGACAAUCAGAUGGAAUGGGUAGUCAAAAAGCGUGCUGAUGGUUCACGAUACAUCACGCGCAGACCUGUGCGCAGCAUGCGCUUGAAGGAACGUGCAAAGAAAAUUACAGAGGAGCGAUGUGGUAUGACCACAGAUGAUGAUGCCAUGAGCGAAAUGAAAGUUGGACGUUACUGGAACAAAGAGGAAAGGAGACGCCAUCUUGCGCGGGCACGCGAGCACAAGCAUAAGAAAGAAAGCAUGAUCAAACAGCGAAUGGAGACUCUGAAAGAAGGCGAAGAGUGCAAACAAAUGAACAUAGUUGAACUGAGCCACAGAAAAAUGAUGCGCCACAAAGGGCGAAGGAUGCUGGAUGAUUUUACAACUGUGCAAGAGAUUUUAGUCCAUGGAAGUAAAGUUACAGAUGGUAAAUCUUAUAGUCCACUGCUUUCUGUAACAACUGUUUAAUAUUGUAUGUAACUUUGUAUUCUAGUCUACUUAUUACAUUAUCCUGUGUUAUAACAGGUGGGGAGGUGUUAACUAUUUAAUAGAACUGGUUUUAACUAUACCUAAACAUUAAGUCUAUUGCUGGUCAUUCACAGGGCAAUGGUUUGUUCACACCAAGUUUUGGCUGCAGUAAUUUGUACAAAAAAUUGUGAGACAACUUUGAAAGGUAUGCUAAAAAAUGAGAUUUUUUUACAGCUAUUUAAGUGACAUUAGCAAUUUCAUCACCAAUUUUAAGAAGAGUCCAAAAAUAUUGUGUUACUAUUGAAUAGUUCUGCGUUUGAUAAUACAAUAACACAUAAAUGAAGAUUUGCUGUAAAACCAAUUUAAAUAAUAUUUCAACACCCUCAGUAACUAAACAUAUCUUGAAUGCUACACAUUUUUCCAAGAUGAUGUAAUGACAAAAUUUUUUUUAAAGAUAGGGCUUAUAGUCAACUGUUUCUGUGCGUGAUAAAAAAUUGGUAUGGUUACUGUUAAAAUUUGUAACCAUGGUAAUAUGUUUAAUCUGCUCAAAUAUGGUGGUAAUCAAGGGGGGGGGGGGGUCAUUUAACCAGACUAUUUAAAGCUUGAUAAAUGUUAAGACAAUCAGUUAUUUUAAAAGACUACUGCAUAAUGGAGAAAGGGGUUGGAAAGGGAGAAGAAAAUGAAGAGGUUCCAUUUCCAAGCGUAAUUUUACUCAAGUGACUGCUCCAUCUGCUUCAAGUAUGUACACAUACUUGCUAUUAAAGUUUUAAGUGUGUGUUUUAUUGUAAUACAGACGUGGCAUACAGUAGAAUACAGUUUAUCUUUCUUGGGUUAAUUUCAGCUGG